AUGUCAUCGCUGUUAAAGGAAGACAUGGAGAAGAAACUUUUCAAGCCUCGAGGACAUACUUUAUAUGAAUUCAUUGAAACAAAAUCCAAACACAAGGAGAAGUUUUACUUGUGCACAUCAGUGGCCAAAGAAGAAGUCCACAUAUACCUGGUUAAACACUACCGAGUGUGUCUAGAUGAGAAGUAUGAAGUGGCUGAAAUGUGGUUUCUCAGAGAUCUCAAGUUCAUUGACGGGAAGGAAGCAGAUACAGACAACCCACAUUUUGACAUGAUGUUCAAUGAAGUCUGCAAUGUAGAAGCUUACAGCUGUGCCUCGAAAUAUGCUUUUGCUCGAAGUUUAAUUAAACUGAACACUCAGUACACCAAGAAGGACAUCCAAGUUAUUAAUUUUGACUCUUCCUACAUAGAAGAAGGAGUGAUGUGGUCUUCAAACAAUGGGGACUGCUUGGUGCUUAUGAGAAUAUGCUUUUAUGCCUCCAAUCUUCUUUGUCUAUCUUUAUGUCCAAUGCCAUAG